CGUCUACCGCGGGAAAUGUAAACAAAUCGAAUGUGUGAUAAAAAUCUACUAUGCGAUAUAACUUUAGUUGACUACUUAUUUAUUUUAAAUGAUAGUAAUGGCUAGCACCAAUGAUGAAGCUCUUCAAAGUGAAGUAGAGUUUUACAGGCAAAACCAGACAGUAGUAGAACGAGAAAUCCGGGCCCUCAUCGCGGACAAUCAGAAGCUGUCGCAGCAGGUCGGCGCGCUGCUCAAGGAGAAGCUGCAGAGUGCUCGGAACGCACACGACGGGAACACUGAUGAGGAAGUAGAGGAGCUGAGGAAACAAGUCAAUUUACUUACUAAAGAAAGAGAUUCUUUACAUGUUCUAUGGCAGACCUCCCAGAAGACCAUCGAUGCUCUAGAGACGGAGCUGAAGACUUAUCAGGGAUACGAUGGCAGGGGACAUCAGAAAGUGGCAGACGAAAAGAGGGGUCUAGAACUAAAACUGCAAUCAGCUUUAACUGAUUAUAUCGACAUCGAAACGAAAUACAAAGAAUUAACUUCUAAGCACCAACAAUUGGAAAAUGAGCUAAGGAGCAAAAAUAAGGAGCUAGAAAUAAAUCAAGUAAAAGCGAAAGAUCUAGAGCAAAAGCUAGAAGAGACAUCGAAAGUUUUAGAAGAACAUAGAAUCAACUUGGCAGUGGAAAAGAAGAGCAGUGGAGAUAUGAAAAGUUAUUUAGCCAUGAGCCAGAAGGAAUGUGUUGAACUUGUGAAGAAGGAGGCAGAAGCUAAGGCCAAGGUAGCGGAAGCUCUACAACUUUUCGACGUGGUCUCAGCACAAAAGAACGAAGCCUACAAAAACCUCUCUGAAACUACAGAAGAACUAACAAAACUAAAACACACUUUAGCAAAUGUAAAGCAUGAUACAGAAGCAGCAUUCCGAACAGAAAUAGAUGAAGUGAAGGAGAAAUAUAAUGAGAAAGUGGCAGAUAUGCUGAGCCACAUCAAGAAUCUAGACUCUGAGUUAGUGGAAAAGGGACUGUUAUUGAACAAGGCUUUACGAGAAAUAAAAGUCCUUCAGUCAGCGAAUGAAAGUUACUUGAAAGCACAACAGGAGUCUUCAAAGUUCGUUGAUCCGAAAUUGGCACUUGCGGAACAAAGAAUGGAAGCAAUGUUUCAGGAACUGUUAUCCUCAGAGCGUCGCAACAUCCAGAUGACAUGUGAGAAGCAGUGCCUCGCCAUGGACCUGCAAAGAGUACAAGACCUCCACGGCCGGGAGAUCAAGCGGAGGCAGUGGGAGGAGACGCUGCUCAGGACAGAGUGCGAUGAACUCAGAACACAAGUGGAACAUCUUCAGAAGUCUUUGGAAGAGACUCACGGGAUGGUCAAUAAAUUACAGGAGAUUUUAACAUCUAGAACCGAGUUGAACCAAAAGAUGGUAACGACGAAAGAAGAAGAGCUUAUCGAAUUGAAUAAACAUUUGGAAAAUCAAAUGGAACUAAACAAAAAGUGGAAGGCAUCCUACAUAGAAAUGACUGAAAAGCUGAAAAAGAGGCUCGACCAGUUACAGAAAGAAAACUAUGAAUUGAGAAAUAUUACCAGGACCUCCAUAGGCUCUUCCAAGAGCGAAGAUUUCAGUAUCACCAGUUAACACUGAUCAAUGAUAAUUGUGUAGUAUUCACUCUGUCUGAUUAAAUAUGAGAUUUGCAGC